AUCAAAAUAGACCCUUUCGGUCUUCUUCCGUAGUUUUGAUACCGUAGCUUCUAGCAUCAUUGAAAGAUAUGACUAGUGUUCCUGCGAGUGAGAGACUGGUAUUGAUUGGAAAUAGACGUCUGAAAUAUGACAGCGAAGAAUUGCUGCCGUUGGUUGAUUCUUCAGAUCUCCUAGGUGACGGGGAUGCGCUGAGAAGAACACUAGAAAGUGAUGGGUACUUGCUCAUUCGAGGUCUGCACGACAGACAGGACGUUCUGAAUGCACGGUCAAGAGUGUUGCAACACAUCCAUGAUAGUGGGGAGGACAAACUCAAUAAUGCAUACCCAUUGCAAGAGGGUGUACUCAACCAUCGAUGUCGGGCUGGAUGCGUGCCAUUCAUGGAGGGUGCAAAUAGUUUAACUCAGUGCGAAUCUGUAAAGAGAGUUCUUGAAGGCAAAAGAGCUUUUGAUUUUUUCCGAACUUUAUUUGAAGAGGAGCCAAGAACAUUUGAUUACAAAUGGUUAAGAGCAAUGCACAUGGAAGGUUUUACUGGGGUGCACGUGGACAAUGUAUAUAUGGGAAGAGGAACGGACAAACUAUUAACAAUGUGGACGCCGUUUGAUGACGUCAUUAUAGAGAAGGGGACGUUAGCCGUCUGUCAGUCGUCACAUCGGCUGCCAUCAUUCCGUCACUUUCAAGAAACGUAUGGGAGUUUUGACGUAGAAGCUGGGGGACUUGAAGGAACAGGUUGGUUCACGAACGACCCUCUAGAAAUAACUCGUCAGUUCGGGGGUCAAUGGAGGACUGCCGACUUCCAAGCAGGAGAUGCGCUUAUAUUUACAGUGAGGACUGUUCACAUGUCGACAGUAAACACGACACACUUCGCACGCAUAAGUUGCGACACAAGGUGGCUUCCUAGCUCUCAUCAACCCGACCCGAGGUAUGUAGGAAAGAUAUCUCAGCCUGCUCCAAAGUUUGGUGUGCACGGAGAAGGGGCUGGUCAUAAAAGCAAUGGAGUAACGAUGGGUGAAUUGAAAAGAAAAUGGGGAUUUCCUGAGUUGUAAAUUCUCCACUAUUUAGAUUCAGUCGAGCUAUUUAAUCAAGUCCAAAUAUGUUAUUCAAAAAAACUAUGAACAACUUGCUAAACAACUUACGCUUAAGACGAUUGGUCGUUUCCGCCUGGGAUUUAAUAUACCAACAGUUUAGUCUUUACAUAAAAUAGGUAGUC